UUUUGUAAUAGACUGCUGUUCUAUUUUUAUUUUUUUAUGGUGUUAAUUCUUUUUUUCUCUUCAAAAUGAUAAUGUUGUAACCUAAUACAUUGUCAUUACAUACUGAAGCGUAAAAUUUUACUUUGUGAUAGUUUUGUAGUGACAUAUUAGUGGUCUUAUAUUCAGGGAACUGAUACAAAUAUUUAUAGUGAAUUUGAUCAAGAGUAAAGAUAAUUUGAACAAAGGAUGGAUUCAGAAAAUAAUGGGGCAGUCAGCCCAUCAGACCCAGUCAUCGAGAUGAAUGGACACACCAAGAAGGCUAAAGGGGGGAGUGACAAGAAAGGUGAUGGCGACAAGAAGAAAGAGUAUCAGGAAAUGGUCUCAAUCUUCGAAGUGUUCAAGUAUGCCACAUGCUUUGACAAGUUUUGCAUGAUCCUUGGAACAAUAUGUGGCUGUAUACAUGGAUCAGCAUUCCCAGUAAUGAUAAUCGUGUUCGGAGAAAUGAUCAACCUGUUUGUGACCACAGGGUCCAUUGAUGAUAUUGUUGAGCUCCUCAAGAGCUGUGGAGGUCUAGUGGCUUUGAAUGUCACUGGUGAAGAUAUCCUCAAUGACCCAUCAUUACUUUACUCCAACAAAGACUUCAUCAGAGAGUACACGACAGCUAACUGCAGCAGUGUUGUAGAUUUGGAUGCAACGAAUAAUGACCUACAGACCAAAUUGCUGGAUACAAUGCAGGAAUACGCCAUCUACUUUAUCAUCAUUGGAUGUUCAGUGAUAGUUCUGGGCUACGGACAGGUGAUGUUCUGGAUGAUUGCAUCUGAGAAACAGACACAUUUAAUACGAGAGCGCUUCUACAGGAACGUCAUGCGACAAAACAUCGGCUGGUUUGAUCUGCAUGAGUCAGGAGAACUCAACUCCAGAAUCACUAAUGACAUUUCCAAGAUCCAUGAUGGUAUAGGUGACAAGAUGGGUCAGUUCUUCCAGUGGUUUUCGGGGUUUAUAGCGGGUGUGGUUAUUGGGUUUGUGUAUGGAUGGAAACUGACGCUUGUCAUCCUGGCAAUCAGCCCCGCCCUUGCAGCUGCCGCGUUCCUCAUGACCAAGUUGGUUGGCAUGGCCUCAGGAGCAGAGUUGAAGGCAUACGCACAAGCAGGGGCCAUUGCAGAAGAAGUGCUUGGGUCCAUAAGAACUGUAUUGGCAUUUGGAGGACAGGCGAAGGAAAGCAUAAGGUAUGAGAGCCGUCUGUCUGAGGCUCACGAUAUGGGAGUGAGAAAGGGUUUCGUUAGCGGAAUCUCCACAGGAGUGGUGUGGCUCAUCAUAUUCUGUGCCUAUGCACUCGGCUUCUGGUAUGGAGCCCAACUGUCUAGAGAUGAAAAGGAUGUUUACAACAUCGGCAACGUCAUGAUUGUAUUCUUUAGUGUGAUUAUAGGGGCAUUCUCACUAGGUAAUGCAGCCCCGCCCAUGCAGAGUUUGGCAGUAGCCCGAGGAGCAGCAUUUGUAGUCUAUAGUCUCAUUGAACAGGUUCCCCCUAUAGACAGUGCUUCGCCUGCAGGAAAGAAGCUUGACAAGUUUGAGGGGACAAUCAGACUGACCAAUGUCCACUUUAACUACCCAUCAAGACCAGAUGUUAAGGUGCUGCGCGGUGUUGACCUUGAAAUCUGUCGAGGUCAGACUGUGGCACUGGUUGGGGCUAGUGGGUGUGGCAAGUCUACCAUUGUACAGCUGCUUCAACGCUUCUAUGACCCAGAACAAGGAUCGAUCUUUGUGGAUGGCGUAAAUGUGAAGGAUCUGAACUUGAAGUGGCUACGAGAGCAUAUCGGGAUCGUGAGUCAAGAGCCAGUCCUGUUUGGAAACACGAUUGGAGAGAACAUACGCUUUGGCAACUUGAACGUCACACAAGAGGGCAUAGAGAGAGCGGCAAAGGAGGCCAACGCUCAUGACUUCAUCCUGCAACUACCUGAUAAAUAUGAGACGCUGGUAGGUGAGAGAGGGGCUCAAUUGAGUGGAGGACAGAAGCAGCGAAUCGCAAUAGCUCGAGCGCUCGUGCGUGACCCGAAGAUUCUGCUGCUUGAUGAGGCGACGUCAGCACUAGACAUGGAGAGUGAGGGGGUCGUACAGGAAGCACUGGAAAAGGCAAGCCAUGGAAGGACAACAGUGGUGAUAGCUCACCGCCUGUCCACCAUCAAGAAUGCAGACAUGAUCGCUAGUUUCCAGGACGGCAGGAUUGUGGAGAAGGGCACACACAAUGAACUCAUGGAGAAGGAGGGUAUCUACUACCAGCUCGUUACCAGACAGAGUACAGUCUCGGAGGAUGACCUGGAUGUUGAGAUGUUUGAGAAGCCCGAGGUUGAUCUUGUGCACUCCCCGGUUAAGCGUGCCCUGUCAAACCCUGGCAGUACAGGCCCAGCAAGCCCUGAUGAGACCACAGAGGAGGCUAAGAAGGAGAAGGUGAAUGCUGGGUUUGGGCGGAUCAUGCGCCUCAACGCCCCGGAAUGGUUCUUCAUUCUCCUUGGUUGCCUGUCAGCACUCAUCAAUGGUGGUCUCAUGCCCGCGUUUGCCAUCAUCUUUGCGGAAAUCCUGGGUGUGUUUCAACUCGUGGAUGAAGAUGAGCAGGAGAAGAAGAUCACAAUGUACUGCCUGCUCUUUGUAGGGAUCGGGCUGCUUAGUCUGGUUACUUACUUCCUUCAGGGAUACAUGUUUGGACGAUCUGGUGAGGCCCUCACACUUCGCUUACGAUCUAUUGUCUUCAAAACAAUGCUGAAACAGGAGAUGGCAUUCUUUGAUGACCAUGAGAACAAUGUGGGAGCCCUUUGUACCAGACUGUCAACAGAUGCCUCUCAAAUUCAGGGGAUGGCGGGAGUGCGUCUGGGAACGACCAUCCUGUCGCUGGGCAGCAUCCUGGCUGGGCUUAUUAUAGCAUUCAUCAUAAGCUGGAAGUUAACACUGCUCAUCAUUGCUUUCCUCCCUUUACUCAUGGUGGGAGGGAUGCUGCAGAUGAAGAUGUUGACCGGUGCGGCCGGCAAAAACAAGGAGGCACUGGAGAGCGCUGGCAAGGUAGCAAUUGAAUCCAUUGAAAACAUCCGCACUGUGGCCUCCCUCACUCGGGAGGGAAUGUUCCUUGACAAGUUCAUGCACGAGCUCAAUGGUCCGUUCCGUGAUGCCUUGAAGAAAGCCCAUGUGGUUGGUAUCGCCUUCUCCUUCUCUCAAGGAGUGAUCUUCUUUUGUUACGCAGCCUCGUUCUGGCUUGGGGCUUACCUUGUGGAGCAGAAGGAGCUGGACUAUGUGCAGGUGUUCAAAGCAUUCUCAGCCGUAGUGUUUGGUGGGAUGGCCAUAGGUCAGGCUAGCGCCAUGGCCCCUGAUGCGGCAAAGGCCCAGGUGUCAGCAGAACAGGUCUUCAAACUCCUGGACCGCAAACUGGCUAUUGGUGAUGAGGAGGAGAGGAAAAAUGCCAAAACUCCAGAGGGCAAGUUUUCAAGCACAGUCAGCUUCAAGAAUGUGAAGUUCCGGUACCCAACACGGCCAGACAUUGUGGUGCUUAAUGGGCUAGAUCUUGAGGUUGAGCCGGGCCAGACAGUAGCACUGGUUGGUAGCUCAGGGUGCGGCAAGUCCACCACUGUACAACUCACCGAGCGGUUCUACGACACAGAAAGCGGGGAAGUGAUGUUGGAUCAGUACAAUGUGCGUGACCUUGACCUAGCUUGGCUGAGAGGGCAGAUUGGCAUCGUAUCCCAGGAGCCGGUCUUGUUUGACCUCAGCAUCGCAGAGAACAUCGCGUAUGGAGACAAUACACGCCAAAUUCCCAUGGAUGAAAUCAUACAGGCAGCUAGAAGUGCCAACAUUCAUGACUUCAUCUCUUCCUUACCUGAUGGUUAUGACACAAAUGUAGGAGAGAAGGGGGCCCAGCUUAGUGGGGGUCAGAAACAGCGUGUUGCCAUUGCACGAGCUUUAGUGCGGAACCCCAAAAUACUUCUCCUUGAUGAGGCCACUUCUGCCCUCGAUACAGAGAGUGAAAAGGUAGUCCAGGAUGCAUUGGACCGCGCACGUGAAGGACGCACGUGCAUCGUAAUCGCCCACCGCCUCUCCACCAUCCAGAACGCUGAUAAGAUCUGUGUCAUCCGGCACGGCGUCGUCACCGAACAAGGGCGCCACUCUGAGCUCAUGAAGCAACAGGGCUUCUAUUACAAGUUAAACAUGGUCCAGGCCCGCACUAAAUAGACUGACAUACGAUAUGCUAUGAAAAGACUGGCAACAUGUUUUUGUAUUAGUUAUUGCAAACUUAAGUGUUCUAUUAUCAAAUACCUCAUGUGCUGACUUAAGAAAAACACCAAACCAACCAGAACGUAUGUAUAUAUAUUUUCAUAUAUUGUUAUACGUUAUUAUCAACCUCAAAUUGAUCAGAUGAUACCAAUAUUUCUUAUUACCAAAUGACAUAUUGUUACAAUUGUGUUGUUAUUUUUCAAGUUACUUAACUGUGAUAAAGUGUGUGUUAGCAUUUUAUCCUUCAGUUUGUUCUUUAAUUGGCCUUUUAUGGACUUUUGUCUUUAAUAUUAGAAAAUCCAAAUAUUUUGGAUAUGUAUAUUUUUAUUAAUUGAGAAUUCCUUAUCAAAAGCAUUAUUUUGUACUUUGUCAAUUGUGUUGAACUAUUACCCGGUAACUUAAUUUGCAGUUUGAGUGUGUUUAUUAAUCAUUUUUGUAUAAACUCAUUAUAUGCUUUAGGCUUUGUAAAUCUUUAGCCCAGAGAGUGCUUUUUAAGAAAUUUUAAUCAAGAAUCAUAUACCUUAUUAUGUCUUACUUAAAGAAUAGACGCGAACACUAUGAACAUUAUGAACCUUUGUCUUCAUUAUUAAAUCAAUUUUCUUGACAUUAUUUCGUACCACAAAUCAUCAUACUGGCUAUAACAUACCAUAUUUAAAGUCGGCACCAUUUUUGUACUAACUAAAACUUUGUAAUGCUUCUUUACAUUAUGGUUGUAAAUUAUUAGCCAACUUAAAUUGUUUUAUAUGCAAAAAUACAUGUAGUCCCAUAUCAGCGAGUUUAUGCUUACUCUUUAUUGAUGAUAUUUUUAUAAAUAGCUUGACCUCUGAUCUACUAGCAAUAUACAUGCAGUGCAAGCCUUCUGUUUGUCUGGAAAAAACUCAAUGUAGUACCAUCCUUUUUUUUUAAUGGAUUUUCAUUUACAGGCAGGCCUAAGAAAUACACAUUCAUUGUACAUGCAAUAUUUCCGCCCUUUCUAUCACUGUUAGAUUGUUUUUGCAAUUGUUUGCAUUUGUCUAAUGUACAUGGAUAUUUAUUAAAAGUCUUUCUUCAAUAAAACAUAUCAUGCAGGUAUUUAAAAUGACCCUGUACCGGGUAAAAUAUCCUGGCAUUUAGUGUCGGCCCAUCUGACUAUAUUUUUUGCUGCCCCUUUGAAAACUGAUUUGGGUCUCCCCAAUCUCCGCCUACUUUUCGCAAUUAUCCAGCUAUUUACAAACAGAAUUAAACCCCAGAUCAUACAUUUUCUUGUAAGGAUGAAAUACAUCUACACUUGAUUUCACACAAGGCUUAAGCUUUGAAGCACUCAUUGUUAUCAUAUCGAUAUCAUAUUUGGCCCCACUUUCUCAAAAUUACUUAAUUGCUCAAAUUCUAAUUAAACACAUUUAAUCACUUUACAGUCUAGCAUGCUUUACAAUUAUAAUUGAUUUUAGUGUUAGAAACAUAUUUUCUGAUAGAAUAUAUUGAUGCAAUAUCUUGUUAAAAAAGAGAAGAAAAAAUGUUGAACAGCACAAAAUGUACUUAAUUAACAACUCAUGAAUAUUUACCAUCCUCAACUUUAUUUGGCAUAUUUGAUGACCCCAUAAAGGAAAUUAACACAAACUUUGGUUUUAACAGAAACAAAAAUCAAAAUAUGGAGGAAUCAGAAUGUAUUACCUUUCUAUUUACAAUAUACACACCAUUUAAAUACUCAGUUAUCUGUUUAAGAACUGCUGGGACCAGUUUUAAAAGAAACUUGAGGUAGUGAAUCAUAAAUAUAAAUUCUUGUAGUCUAGCAAUGCCUAUGACUGGCUCGUUUUCUUCUCUAGUUAUGUCCCUCAGUUAACAGCUAAUAUCCACUUUUUGUUCAUUUUGUAUGAUAUAAGAAUUUAAUACCUCUCAUUAAAAUUUUAUAUUACAAAUUUACUGAUUUUUAUCCAAAACAAAACUACAGCAGUUUGUGAAAUUUGGUCUUGCCAUUUAUUUUUCUUUAUAAAUGGAAUACCUGUACAUAUCUUGUUUUCAGUCCAACUUUUACAAUUCUUUUACUUUACUUUUCUCAGUUUACUCAGUUUCCUUAAGGCUGGUAUUCCUUGAUCAUGCUGUCCAUGUUCUGUCUGCCUACGUUAAAACGGAACAUUAUAAAUAUUGUUCAGUCUGUUCCAUGUGUCUACUUUGCCUCUGGUCUAUGUCCGCUAUUGCACAGUUAGUGAUUUUAGAGAAUGGGGCCAUUAAAGUGACAGGGUUUUGCUUUAAAAAAAUAUAUAUAGAAAUAAUAGCAAAAACUCUUUCUGAUCAUUGAUUGAACUAAAAUACUUAAAAACACUGGUAUCAAUGAAAAAAUAUGUAUAAUGAAGUUUUUAAGUCUUUGUUCAAUUAGAAUGUGUUGUUGUUGUUUUUACAUAAAAUGGAACUUUUAAAUAAAUGCAUACCAAAUGUUUGUGUCUGUAAAUGUUAAUAACAAUUGUGACUAUUAAAAUAGAAUUACUUCAUAAUCAGAUGCUAUUUCUACUUAAAGAUAUGAUUGUCUACAUUAUUUUUUUGUGGAUAUGGAAUAUAAUUUCUGUUUUAAAAAUACUGAUGACAGAUGCUGACAGCGUGCUCAUGGAAAAUAGGCUUUAUGUUGCUCUGAGAUUGUUUUGUGAUGUUUUAAUAUUACUAAAGAUUGUAUUUUCCCCCUCAACAUGACACAAUCGAUGCAUGUACAAUCCUGCUUUGAGCUGUUCUACAUGUUGCUCACCUUGGAUCAUGACAUAAAAACAGCUUCUUGUAUAAUGUUUAUGUAUGGUUAUUAAAUGGUUCAAUCAAUACCUGUGGUGUAUAUGCAAUGCUAGAAAAUUUUGUACAACAAAUGUCCCCGACACAAUGUAUUGUUGAAAUCCAUACUAGAAAGAGCCAUUCUUACAUUCUGUAACCAUUACUUACAUGCUAUUUUAUUUUGUAUUUUAUGUUCUAGUGUAUUUACAUGUCGAUAUAAUCAAUGUACAUUGUAUAUUCAGAAAAGAGUUGUUUUAUUUAUAAAUAUUAUGCUGCAUGUCCAACACUGAACAAAUAUGUUUUAGAAGUCUUCUAAUUAUGAAAUAAAUAUCAGCUGUUGGCAUUUUUAACCUGGACAAGACGUGAUGACUUCCUUUAAACUUUAACAGUUCUUGAACUUUCCCAAUUAUGAAGGAAUGUCAGGCUUUUAGAUCUGCCUUAUGAAUGAAAAUGGAAUUCUUGAAUAUUAGAUUUAUAUUUAUGCAUCAAACUUGCAUGCCAUGGGAAAUUUUAAUACCUUUUAUAUACUGGUUAUGCUUAGUUCUAGAACCUAUCGCUUACGUUGAGUGAACUGUUGUAUCGCCUAUGGUUGACAUAGACAGCGUGUGUAUAUACCAUGUCAUAAAUGCUAGGUCGGAAGGCAGCGUGUGUAUAUACCAUGUCAUAAAUUGUCAUAAAUGCUAGGUCGGAAGGCAACAGUUUGCUUGAAUGAAGACUUAAAACAAAGAUCAAAGGGCAGUCUAAGCCACUUAAAGAGCCCCAUAUUAGUUUAAUUACCAGAUUUUGAUUAGGUGAUUAGGUUCCGCAAACACUUUGAAAAACUUGUUUUCGAAAUAAUCUUUUGACAGUGCUCCAUCAGGCAGCAGUUUUGUGAAAAGGUUUGUCAAAGUGUUUAAAGAAACUAAACUCUGGUAAAAGACGAAAGGUGGGGCCCUGUAAGUGGCGUAGUCUGCACUAUGUUUCAUUUAAAAUGGUGAAGAAAUGGUAAAGUUAUCUUUGUUUAAAGUCGUUAUUCGACACAAAAGUUUGCCUUCCAACGAAACAUUUAUGAUGCAAUUUAUCACAUGGUAUACACAACCCAUUUCCAUGGUAAUAUUUAACAAGAUUGUUAUCAAUUAUGAACAUAUCACAGUACACUGCAUUGUUUACCAAGCUGAGAUAAGAUCAUAUAUUGAUGGCCACUCUAAUAAAGAAUCUCAUUAAUGACUUUAUGGUAAAUUAGUUUUUCAUAUAGAAUUUGCUGCAGUAUAUUUGGGUAUGGCUUGAAAAAUAGUUAAAAAAGAGAGUCUUAUCUGGUAAAAAAGUACUACAAGUAGACUAAACUAAAUUGGUAAAAAUAGUUUGAAAUAAAAAAUAUCAGGAAAUGUUGUUGAUAUUCUUUUGCAAAUUUUUGUUUAUUGAUCAUAUUAAGUAUACACAUACACGGUCACAAUAUUAGUUUAUAUUAUACUUGUAUUUUGAAGUUUCAUCAUGUUUUUUAUGUAAUUGUUUUACUUGUAUCUAAUAAAUGUUGUUUAACAUUUAAGUGUUCUUCUAUGUACAUGAAUGUCUGCCUACGUUAAAACUGAACAUUAUAUUGUUCAGUCUGUUCCAUGUGUCUACUUUGCCUCUGAUCUAUGUCCGCUAUUGCACAGUUAGUGAUUUUAGAGAAUGGGACCAUUAAAGUGACAGGGUUUUGCUUUAAAAAAAAUAUAGAAAUAAUAGCAAAAACUCUUUUUCUGAUCAGUGAUUGAACUAAAAUACUUUAAAACAUUGGUAUCAAUGAAAAGAUAUAUAGAAAUGAAGUUUUUAAGUCUUUGUUCAAUUAGAAUGUGUUGGGGUUUUUUUUACAUAAAAAUGGAACUUUUAAAUAAAUGCAUACCAAAUGUUUGUGUCUGUAAAUGUAAUUACAAUUGUGACUAUUAAUAUAGAAUUACUUUAUAAUCAGAUGCUAUUUCUACUUAAAGAUAUGAUUGUCUAAAUUAUUUUUUGUGGAUAUGGAAUAUAAUUUCUGUUUUAAAAAUACUGAUGACAGAUGCAGACAGCGUGCUCAUGGAAAAUAGGCUUUAUGUUGCUCAUAAUCCUGCGUUGAGCUGUACUACAUGUUGCUCACUUUGGAUCAUGACAUAAAAACAGCUUCUUGUGUAAUGUUUAUGUAUGGUUAUUAAAUGGUUCAAUCAAUACCUGUGGUGUAUAUGCAAUGCUAGAAAAUUUUGUACAACAAAUGUCCCCGACACAAUGUAUUGUUGAAAUCCAUACUAGAAAGAGCCAUUUUUACAUUCUGUAACCAUUACCUACAUGCUAUUUUAUUUUGUAUUUUAUGUUCUAGUGUAUUUACAUGUCUAUAUAAUCAAUGUACAUUGUAUAUUCAGAAAAGAGUUGUUUUAUUUAUAAAUAUUAUGCUGCAUGUCCAACACUGAACAAAUAUGUUUUAGAAGUCUUCUAAUUAUGAAAUAAAAAUCAGCUGUUGGCAUUUUUAAUCUGGACAAGACGUGAUGACUUCCUUUAAACUUUAACAGUUCUUGAACUUUCCCAAUUAUGAAGGAAUGUCAGGCUUUUAGAUCUGCCUUAUGAAUGAAAAUGGAAUUCUUGAAUAUUAGAUUUAUAUUUAUGCAUCAAACUUGCAUGCCAUGGGAAAUUUUAAUACCUUAAAUAUACUAGUUAUGCUUAGUUCUACAACAACUGUUGUAUCACCUAUGUCAACCGCCUACGGGUUGACAUAGACGGCGUGUGUAUAUACCAUGUCAUGCUAGGUCGGAAGGCAACAUUUUGCUUGAAUGAAGACUUAAAACAAAGAUCAAAGGCCAGUCUGAGCCCCUUAAAGAGCCCCAUAUUCCUUUAAUUACCGGAUUUUGAUUAGGCGAUUGGGUUCCGCAAACACAUUGAAAAACUUGUUUUCGAAAUAAUCUUUUGACAGUGCUCCAUUAGGCAGCAGUUUUGUAAAAAGGUUUGUCGAAGUAUUUUAAGAAACUAAACUCUCUAUUUAACUCUGGUAAAAGACCAAGGUGGGGCUCUUUAAGUGGCGUAGCCUGCACUAUGGUUAAUUUAAAAUGGUGAAGAAAUGAUAAUGUUAUCUUUGUUUAAAGGUGUCAUUCGAAGCAAAAUUUUGGCUUCCAAGGAAGCAUUUAUGACGCAAUUUAUCACAUGGUAUACACAACCCAUUUUCAUGGUAAUAUUUAACAAGAUUGUUAUCAAUUAUGAACAUAUCACAGUACACUGCAUUGUUUACCAAGCUGAGAUAACAUCAUAUAUUGAUGGCCACUCUAAUAAAGAAUCUCAUUAUUGACUUUGUUAUGGUAAAUUAGUUUUUAUGCCCCCGAAGGUGGGCAUAUUAAAAUCGCACCGUCCGUCCGUCCGGCUCUGUAACUUUCCCUUGUAUGGACAGAUUUUAAAAUAACUUGCCACAUGUGUUCCACAUACCAAGACGACGUGUGGCGUGCAAGAUUCGUGUCCCUACCUCAAAGGUCAAGGUCACACUUAGUGUUUAUUCACAAUGGAGUGCUGCAUAUAAGGACAUAGAGUAUAGGUUGUCGUGUCCGGGCUGUAACUUUCUCUUGUAUGGACCGAUUUUAAAAUAACUUGCCAUAUGUGUACCACAUACCAAGACGACGUGUCGCGUGUAAGACCCGUGUCCCUACCUCAAAGGUCAAGGUCACACUUAGUGUUUAUUCACAAUGGAGUGCUGCAUAUAAGGACAUAGAGUAUAGGUUGUCGUGUCCGGACUGUAACUUUCUCUUGUAUGGACAGAUUUUAAAAUAACUUGCCAAAUGUGUUCCACAUACCAAGACGACGUGUCACGUGCAAGACCCGUGUCCCUACCUCAAAGGCCAAGGUCACACUUAGUGUUUAUUCACAAUGGAGUGCUGCAUAUAAGGACAUAGAGUAUAGGUUGUCGUGUCCGGGCUGUAACUUUCCCUUGUAUGGACAGAUUUGAAAAUAACUUGCCACAUGUGUUCCAUAUACCAAGAUGACGUGUCGCGUGCAAAACCCGUGUCCCUACCUCAAAGGUCAAGGUCACACUUAGUGUUUAUUCACAAUGGAGUGCUGCAUAUAAG